GGAAACCAGCAGCUUCCCUCGCCAGGCUGAGCACCAGCAGCCUCCUCCCAUGGCGACCAUCGCCUGCCACCUCCCCCCUCUCCUCCCUGGCCCCGCCAUCCGGCACCAUCGCCACCUUCAGCCGUCCCCGCCCCCCUUCAAUCGGCACCUCCGCACCCCGCCCCCGAUUCGCCUCCUACGCGCCGCCCGCCGCCGCCAUCCCGACGCCGUCGUUGUCGUCCCGGACGCCCGCCCCUGGGUCGGCGACCUGUCAGGAGCCGCUUCCUACCGGGACGGGAGGGAGGAAGAUGGAGACGAGGAGGAGGACGCGGACGAAGACGACGACGACCGCAGCCUGGACCUCCUGGCCCGGUUCCUGCACUCGGUGUUCAGGAAGGCCUCCCGCCGCGCGCGCCGCGCCGCCAGGUCCGUGCUGCCGCCCUCCGUCCCCGCUGAGCUGGUGAAGUUCUCGGUCAAUGGCGUGCUGGUUCUCACCUUCUUGUGGAUCCUGAAGGGGCUUCUUGAGGUGGUGUGCACAUUUGGAAGCAUGGUGUUUAUAAGCAUCCUUCUUGUUCGAGGGAUAUGGUCUGGAGUAACUUACAUCAGAGAAAACCGAUACAGCUAUAUCCAACAGCUCAAGGACGAUGACAGCCGGUGGAGCAGAGUACAGCCCGCCGGUUGAUCGUUUUCUUUCCUUGCUGGCAGCAUAGUUUUGAUUCAAAGGGCCCAUGAAUAAUCCAGGGCCGCUGUUGAGAUAGCAUGCAUGUGCCCAGCCGUGCACAAAAUGUUGAUGUUUGUUGUUGCUAUAUAAAAUAGCUGCAUGAGAAUCCAAGGAAACCCUCAUGUAGAUGUACUAGUAGUCUAUACAAAUAAGUUGGUCCUCCUCAACAUGAUUAUUGUGAGCGUAGAAUUAGUAGCCAGAUGGUUUUACCUGCGGCUUAUGUGGUUUUAUGUCUGGCCUGGCUGGCCUCAUAUUGCAGUGGCAGAUGUAGAAAGACUCGUGCUUGUUGUACUAUGAAAGGUGGUGCGAAAUACCUAUGGUUAGUAGUAGUGUAAUUCUGUUUCAUUUUACCACAUGGCAUAUGUGGUAAGCUACCUAAAACCCCAAGAUAUCCAAGUAAUUCUGUUUCAUUUUGAUA